AACUUUUUUUUUCCUUCCCUUCUUGGUAGGGUUUGAUUGAAAUAAAAGAUGGACUGGAGCGGGAAACACAAUGGGCCAAACGAUACAACUAACGAUGGAACAGUAGUACGACUUCGAGGCCUGCCAUUUGGCUGCAGCAAAGAAGAGAUUGUGCAGUUUUUCCAAGGGUUGGAAAUCGUGCCAAAUGGGAUAACAUUGACGCUGGACUACCAGGGGAGAAGCACAGGGGAGGCCUUCGUGCAGUUUGCUUCAAAGGAGAUAGCAGAAAAUGCUCUGGGGAAACACAAGGAAAGAAUAGGGCACAGAUAUAUUGAAAUCUUCAAAAGUAGUAAGAGCGAAAUCAGAGGAUUCUAUGAUCCGCCAAGAAGAAUGAUGGGACAGCAGCGACCUGGACCAUAUGAUAGACCAUUAGGAGGAAGAGGGGGUUAUUAUGGAGCUGGGCGUGGAAGUAUGUAUGACAGAAUGCGUCGAGGAGGUGGUGGAUAUGACGGUGGAUACGGUGGCUUUGAUGACUAUGGUGGCUAUAAUAACUAUGGCUAUGGAAAUGAUGGCUAUGAUGACAGAAUGAGAGAUGGGAGAGGCAUGGGACAUGGCUAUGGUGGAGCUGGAGACGCAGGUUCAGGUUUCCAUGGGGGUGGUCAUUUUGUUCACAUGAGAGGACUGCCCUUUCGAGCAACAGAAAAUGAUAUUGCUAAUUUUUUCUCACCACUGAAUCCUAUAAGAGUUCACAUUGACAUCGGUGCAGAUGGGAGAGCAACAGGAGAAGCAGAUGUGGAGUUUGUAACACAUGAGGAUGCAGUAGCUGCCAUGUCCAAGGAUAAAAACCACAUGCAGCAUCGAUAUAUUGAACUAUUCCUGAAUUCCACUGCUGGAGGUGGAUCUGGAAUGGGAGGCUAUGGCAGAGAUGGAAUGGCAUGUACAUUCUGUCUUUCAGAUCAAGGCUAUGGCUCUGUUGGUAGAAUGGGAAUGGGUAGUAAUUACAGUGGAGGGUACGGAACUCCUGAUGGCUUGGGCGGCUAUAGUCGUGGCAGUGGGAAUAGUGGAGGAUACUAUGGGCAAGGCAGUAUGGGUGGAGGAGGAUGGCGUGGAAUGUAUUGAAGGAUGGCCUUGCUUCUACAAAAUAUCCCAGAAGAAACAGUCUCUGGUCUACUAGACUUUCUUACAAAAUUCAAUUUCUUUUGUAUUUUAAGAACUUUAUAAUGACUGAAGGAAUGUGUUUUCACAAUAUUAUUUGGUAAGCAACAGAUUGUGAGGGGAAAAUCUGUUUUCUGUAGGUUUUAUUUGUUGCAUACUCCGACUUUAAAUAAAUUUUUAUAUUCAAACCACUGAUGUUGAUACUUUUUAUACUAGUUACUCCUAAGGAUGUAUUACAUAUUCAAGAAAAGAGUCGGUUUAAGAUGUUGUACUACUCUUGGUUCAAUAAAGGUGGUUGUACUGUGACUCUUACAAACACUGAUUUAGGUCUGUGUAUCUUGGUGUAGUGAAUGAGUUGCAAAAUUCAUUUGUUUAAAGGAAAAAAGGUAUUUGAAUAGGAUAGUUGAUUUGGUUACAGCUUCUCCUCAAUCUUUUUGAUAAGUGUAUGUAACUUCCUMCUACAGCAUUAAGCUAAAAAGGGUGUGGAGGCUAAAAGUUGAGAAUUUCAGCUUCCUUCCUCGGGUAUUGAAAUCUACUGUGAUUUUCAGACAUAAUACUACGUAAAUAACUGAGCAGUGACCAAGUUCUGUGCAUCCACAAAACUAAGCGUGUGUUUAGUUCCAGUUUGCUGUAGAGUUCUAGAAACUGCAUUUCACAUCUUCCUUCAUAAAUGUGCAAAUCACUUGUUUACCAAACUAAAACACUAGCACAGCUUAUCUCUUAGUUUACAUAAACUAGGUCAAGUACUUGUUAAUUUGAAAUGAUCUGCUUGGUACUUAGUUUAAAAAAAAAAGUUCUGCUUUUAGGAAGGUGGGGUAAUUUUAAGGAGGUUGGCCUCUUCAUGACUUUUUUUUUUCCUCGCACACAGCUGACUUUUCACUCUUUGUUCUAAAUUUUGCAAGCCAGUAGCUGGGCAAGCAAGUGGAAGCUCAGUGCCUCUAAAAAAGGAUCUAAGCCUAAUAUUAAAUAAUCAACACUUCCAAACCACCUGAUGACAUUUUUGUGCAUUUAUGAGUUGUAAGAUAUGUAAGAAACAUUGUUUGAAGACACUUACCAUACUUGCUGUGUAAUGAAAAAAGGUAUUUUAUAUUUAUUCUGAGCCAGUGUGAUCUCCCAAACUAACUGCUUGUCC